UGUGAGAAGCGUUUACUGCUACAUAUUAGUGUGUCUUAACUACACCUGUGGGAGUAUCUCUCUCUCUGUCGUUCACCUUUGGACCGUGAGUUUAUUUGUGUCUGGACGACUUGGACUUUAUCCUGAUUAUUUCCUGCUCGCACACACAUGCUGGAGUGACUCCUCACCUGCAUCAUUGCAGCUAAAAAACAUCUCUCCAAACUUUACAUCAGGAGACAGAGAGAUAAUUUCGGUGUGUCCCACGCUUCGGGUGGAUUUUCUUAAUUUCUCUAAUUUGGAAUUUGAAGCUUCACCUGCACAGGCUGUGAAUGUUUGUGUGAGUGUUGGCAGCUCCCGGGGCUGCGUAUUAGGGGCAAGAUGAUGGAAGAGGUGUCCAUGACGAUGGCGUGCGAUGCCCACGAUAUGGACCAGAUGAGCGAAGACGAGAUCCUGGCCUGUCUGGUGGAUGAAACGGAACCUAAAUUCACAGUCCCGACGAAGAAGGCGAAACUGAGGGAAAGCCGGCUUCAAAUAAUAGACGAUGAAGAGGAAUACCUGAAGGAGAAUCGUCGGCUGCAGCAGGCCAGCCUCCGUCUGGAGCAGGAGAACGACAACCUUGCCUACAGACUGAUCACGAGCAAGGUUGCCCUGAGGAACGCUCUGGACAAGGCGGAGGACAGAGUGGACGAACUCUCCAAAGACCUUUUUCGGGCCAGACAGCAACUACAGGUCACAGAGGAGGAGAAGAGAGGGAAAGAGGAGGAAGCUGCAGUGUCGAAGGAAGUUUUCCGGAGAGAGCUGGAGAAGGCUGAGCAGAAGGUCAGAAGGUCGUCGGGUAUCAUCGCAGACUACAAACAGAUCUGCUCUCAGCUGACAAACCGUCUGGAGAAGCAGCAGGCCGCCCACAGAGAGGAGUUAGAAUCACUUAAGAGUGCGGUGAAGGCUUGCUCGCGCUGUCGGCACAUCGUGGAAUCAGAUGAACCGUCCUCCACAGCUGAGACGUCUCCAACAGCAGUAGCAGCGUUAGAAGGCCCCGGGACAACUGAACCAGGCCGGGAAGAAGACGAUGAAGGUCACAGAAAGGGAGAGCAGAGGAGAGACGACCAGGAGAAGGAGUCCCUCAAGGCCCAGAUCAGGGAGCUGGAAAAGGAGUUGGCCAAGACCAAACUCCAGAUGGUGGAGGCCAAGUGCAAGAUCCAGGAGCUGGAGCACCAGAAAGGAAUCCUCGCCAACGAUCUGCAGGAAGCAAAGAACAGCUGGAUCAGCAAGGCCUUCACCUCCCUGCGGACCUCCAGCGGAGGAGGACUUCACAGUAUUAGCAUACCCAAAGACGGAGCUCCCAGUGGGUUGAACUGGGGCCUCCACAGCGGCCCCCUCUCUGGAUGGAGCGCCAAGGUGCUGUCGUGGCCUCACAGAGACAAUCCAGAAAACGUCUGACAGCUUGGACUGUGAAUGUGCAGGUCACUUAAAGUGGAUACGAUGGAUGGAUCAGACCUCAGAGUAUUAGUUCACAAUGUUAUGUGUGGUAUGAAGCCAACACUGUAGCUGCUGUUUCUUGUUUUGUGCACUAGAGGGCAGCCUGGAGCACAAGACGAGCAGAGGAGAGUACCUGAGAGCACAGACAGGUGCUGCUGUCAGUCAGACACUAUCUUGUCUCUGCACCACUUUCCAACAACUUAAUUCACUGAUGAAGCUAUUUUUAUAUCUGUAAACCAAACCCAUGUGCCAUUUAUUUUGUACAUCGCUCUUUGUACCUGUGCUGUAUUUUAUGUGUCUCUAUUUACAAAUAGUUUGAAUACAACAUUAUGUCUCUAUUUACAAAUAGUUUGAAUACAACAUUAUGUGUCUCUAUUUACAAAUAGUUUGAAUACAACAUUA